CGUACCGUCUCCAGUCGUGAAGAUAUGACGCCGCUUGAUUUGUCCUGUGGCUAGAGCAUAAUUCGCCCUACUGCACUAGUGUGGUACAUCCCUUGUCGUCUACUGCAGCAUAGAGAGAUCCUCUUCCUUCCAACACUACCGGAUCCAUCACCGUGAGCUACGCCAUCUUUGGAGUGUACAGCGCCUACUUUUAUUACGUGAAUAUAUAUCUACCGUAGCCGCCCUUUGCGAUGGACGUUACUCGAGCUCUGUCAGGAGCUAGACUCCGUCCGUUGCGAUUCCUCAAGGAGACGUCAUUCGAGAAAAUGUCCGCCAAAACUUCGACCGAAAUCAUCGAUAUCAGACCCGGUCCAACCGAAUUCGAUAUUCUACAGGAUAUCAAAGAUGGUCUGCGUCCUGAACAUGGCGGAGAGAAGACUCUCCCUACCAUGCUAUUGUACGAUGAGGCAGGGCUGCGACUCUUUGAGAAGAUCACCUACGUGAAGGACUACUAUCUCACCGAUUCCGAGAUUGAAGUGUUGGACACCUAUGCCGAUCAAAUCGCUGAAAGAAUUAAGGCCGGUUCGGUUCUCGUGGAGCUGGGGAGCGGCAACCUGCGUAAAGUCAACAUACUCCUGCAGGCCAUUGAGCGCCUUGGAAAAGACGUCGAGUACUAUGCAGUCGAUCUCUCUUUACCAGAACUCGAGCGAACGUUCGCCGAAAUCCCGACCAAUUAUCAGCAUGUCAAGUUGAAGGGAUUGUACGGUACAUACGACCAUGCCUUGGAGUGGCUGAAAUCUCCCAAGGUCAGCGCGAAGCCCAAGACUAUCCUAUGGCUUGGUUCAAGCUUGGGCAACUUCACACGCGCCGAUGUUCCUCCGUUUCUCACCGGUUUCCGUGAGGCACUCCAGCCCGGCGACACGAUGUUGAUCGGAAUAGAUUCCUGCAAGGAGCCGGAGCGCGUGUUCCGUGCCUACAAUGAUACAGAUGGGGUCACUAGGGAUUUCACACUCAAUGGACUCAAGAAUGCCAACCGAAUCAUGGGCACUGAGGCUUUUAAGCCUCACGAGUGGGAACAUUGUGGCGAGUUCGUGGAGAAGGAUGGCUACCAUCGUGCAUUCGUGUCUCCGUUGAAGGAUGUCAUUAUCGACGGCGUUCAUAUCAAGAAAGGCGAGCGUAUUCGCAUCGAAGAAAGCUGGAAAUUCAGCAAGGAGGAGAUCGAGCAUCUGUGGAGUGAGGCUGGUCUCAUCCCGAACACAACAUUCAGCACCGCGAGGGGUGACUACGGAUUACACUUUGUCUCCAAGCCGGCUUUCUUCUUCCCGACUAAGCCGGAACGAUAUGCUGCCAAACCUGUCCCAUCAAUUGCUGAAUGGAGAGAGCUUUGGACUGCUUGGGAUGACAUCGCACAGAAAAUGGUUCCCACAGAAGCGCUAUUGUCAAAACCCAUCAAACUACGGAACGCAGUCAUCUUCUACCUGGGCCAUAUUCCGACAUUCCUUGACAUCCACUUGACCCGCGCAACUGAUGAAAAGCCCACCGAGCCUGCCGCCUACACGAAAAUCUUUGAACGAGGCAUCGACCCUGAUGUGGACAACCCCGAACAGUGUCACGAUCACAGCGAGAUCCCAGAGACCUGGCCACCGCGUGACGAAGUUCUGGCAUUCCAAGAUGCCGUUCGGAAGAGGACGAAAGCCUUAUAUGAUUCGAACGCAGCGCAUGAGAACCCCAGAGUGUCCCGGGCUUUGUGGUUGGCAUUUGAACACGAAGCUAUGCAUCUAGAGACACUCCUCUACAUGCUGAUCCAGAGUGAGAGAAUCCUACCACCACCUGGAUCGGUUAUGCCUUCGUUCGAUGCGCUUGCUCGAAAGUCAAAGAAAGCUAGAGUCGAGAACCAAUGGUUUACCAUCCCUGAAGCUGAGAUCCGCGAUGGACUUGAUGAUCCGGAAGACGGUUCUGCUGCCAAGCGAUACUUUGGCUGGGACAACGAAAAACCGACUCGUUCGCUGCGCGUGAAAUCGUUCAAGGCCAAGGCCAGACCUAUCACAAACGGUGAGUACGCUGAUUACCUCGUGCAGACUGGAAAAUGUGCAGUUCCUGCCUCCUGGUGUGAUGGUCUAGACCCUGCUGCUAAAGUGGUUGUCAAUGGUGUUAACAGACGGAAUGGGACCAAUAGCAUCAAUUCCAGCAUCGACAAGGUCAUGCAGGGAAAAUACGUCCGGACAGUAUUUGGAACUGUCCCUCUCCACUAUGCCCUGGACUGGCCAGUGGUAGCGUCGUACGAUGAGUUAGCCAGCUGUGCUCAGUGGAUGGGCGGGCGCAUCCCUACCUUGGAAGAAGCACGAAGCAUCUACAACUAUGUUGAACAUGGCAAGGCGCAAGAAUUUGAGAAGACCCACGGAAACAAGAUCCCAGCCGUGAACGGGCAUCUGAUCAAUAACGGCGUAUCUGAGUCGCCACCAUCCCAACAUUUGUCGAACGGCAGCUCUGGAACGGGCUCUGAUCCUAAGCCGGGCGACCUCUUCAUUGAUUUAGAGGGGACGAACACGGCGUUCCAGCAUUGGCAUCCUAUUUCCGUGGCAGAAAAGGGCGAUAAGCUCUGUGGACAAGCGGAUUUGGGGGGCGCAUGGGAAUGGACUAGCACUGUUUUGGAGAAGCACGAUGGCUUUUCAGCCAUGCCGCUGUACCCUGGCUAUACGGCCGACUUCUUUGAUGGCAAGCACAAUAUUAUGCUCGGCGGCUCGUGGGCUACGCAUAGCCGCAUUGCAGGGCGCAAGACAUUCGUCAAUUGGUACCAACGCAACUACCCGUAAGUGUUUCAGGCAACAGCGACGACCUCGAUUUUUUCUUUUGGCUAAUCCGCACAGAUACGUCUGGGCCACUGCCCGACUCGUGCAAGAUGUGUAAAGCACUGCAUAUAGGCGAAUGUAAAUUGCAUGCGUCACGAGAGAGCGUGCGUGUCAAGGUUGCACAGCAUAAUGAUUUUGGUCUGGCUGGCUGGGCGCCGCUCUUUCUACUUUCCGGUGACUGGUCAUCGAAAUCCAGCCUCGCCGCACCUGUCCUUCUAGAAUACUCUCGCAGCUUCAAUACACUCGUUAAACAUUGCGUUGAAGGCUUUCAGACAGUUCCUUUUCCCCGCGUUUCUACUUUUCUGCGUG